CGAGGUGUUUCUAGAAAGUUAUUGAAGUCAUUAGCAGUGUGUUUGAUGGAGGAUUGCUAGAUAGAAUAAAAUUUGCAUAUUUGGUUAUUUAAAGUAUUUUUUUUCUCAUUCAUGGGUAAUGCAAAAAUUUCUGUUGACAGGAAGAAAAAAUAAAUUUAAAAUUUUUUAAUGAAAAGUAACAAAAGAAACCCAUAUUCACUCAAAAAGAGGUGGGUCAAGAGAUCUUAAUUAGAUGACACAUACCUGACCAUUUGGCUUGACUUGGCUUACAUUGAGUUUAAAUUAUAAUAUAGUUUUGUAGGUAUUGUAUUAUCAAUUUUUUUUUUCUAACCUCAUAUUUUGAGUUUGGCUGGGGUUGGGGGUCUAGUUGAUAAGUUUGUUGAGAAGGCAAAGCCCUUCCUGAUGGCAUAUAAAGGAAUUCAAAGUCAAGAAGAAUGGGAGGUAUAUGCCGCUGCUUUUGAAAUAUGGUUAAUAGAUUUUAUCAUCGAAGUCGAUUUUUUUGUAUUCCUACCAUUUUGAACAGUGUUUGGUGUGUCUUUUCUUGAAUAUCCAUCUUUUGCUGCAAAUAUGCAAGAGUUUAAAUGCUCCAGUUAUGCUAGUUAUUCCGGCAAAGAUAAGAAAAAGAAAAAGAAAAAGAAAACUGCGGGCUUCAUGUAUCUUGUGAGACAGAUCUCUUGUACUGCUGGCUAAUGCACAGGGUAGAAGAAAUUAAUUAUAUAAAAAACAAAAAAUAAAUAAAAUAAAAAAACCAAUGGGAAAAGCUGUAUCAAAAACUUGCAAAGAUAUGCACAGAAUGCUAUUGAAAUAAUUGAAAUAUUAUAAGUUGUGUAAAAUUAGGAAGAUUAUUUUAUUUUAUUAAAAUCUCAAUUUUUGUUAGCUGAAUUAAUGGCAUGAUUCUUCUAUUGUGCCCUUUCUACUUAUGAAAUCUUGCCUCAUACUGGUGAGACUUCUCAGUGUGGCUGUCAGCACUUUAUUUAAUUACAUGAUACAAUAGAGAUCCUAUUAACAA